GGCAGGGACACAGGGAAAGAGACUAGAGGGGCUGACACAGCUGUUGCAUGGGAUUCUCUGUAUACACUAUUUGUCUAUACUGUACCUCUCCUAUAUCAUCAACAGAUACUGAUAGAGGAGAGUGCAUUACAUAAGAAGAUGCAGAGCACCCCAAAUUAUCUGUGGGAGUUGGAUGAUAAAUUAGGACAAGGGGCCACUGCCACUGUAUACAAGGCACGGAAUAAGAAGUCUGGAGAGGAAGUGGCAGUCAAGGUGUUUAAUAACUCAAGUUACCUCCGGCCUUACGAGGUGCAGAUGAGAGAGUUUGAGAUGCUGGGGAAACUCAACCACAUCAACAUUGUCAAGCUGUUUGCAGUGGAGGAAACUGGCAGCACUAAGCAGAAGGUGCUGAUCAUGGAGUACUGUGCUAGUGGGAGUUUGCUCUCUGUCUUGGAAGAGCCAGAGAAUGCUUUUGGCCUGUCUGAGUCAGAGUUUCUGAUCGUGGUCCAGUGUGUAGUUGCAGGGAUGAACCACCUACGUGAGAAUGAUAUCGUGCACAGGGACAUCAAACCUGGUAACAUUAUGCGUUUGAUAGGAGAAGAUGGGCGCAGCAUUUACAAACUGACAGACUUUGGUGCAGCUCGACAACUUCAAGAUGAUGAGAAAUUCAUGUCUAUUUAUGGAACAGAGGAAUAUUUGCAUCCUGAUAUGUACGAAAGAGCAGUCCUGAAAAAAUGCCACCAGAAGGCUUACGGCGUCACUGUUGACCUGUGGAGUAUUGGGGUGACCUUUUAUCAUGCUGCCUGUGGAAGCCUGCCCUUCAUCCCGUUUGGUGGACCAAGAAAUAACAAGGAGAUUAUGCACAGAAUAACGACUGAGAAGCCACAAGGAGCCAUUGCCGGAGUGCAGAGGAAAGAGCGAGGUCCCAUUGAGUGGAUUUAUGAUUUCCCAGUUAACUGCCGCCUUUCUGAAGGAUUGAAGACCCAGCUGAAAUCCAUCCUUCCAAAUAUCCUCGAAGCUGACCAGGACAAAUGUUGGGGCUUUGAUCAGUUCUUUGCUGAGACCAACAACAUGCUGGAGAGGAUGGCCAUCCAAGUGUUCUCUUUGCCCCAUGCCCGGAUGCUGAAGAUUUACUUACACCAUUAUAAUUCUGUGGGUAUAUUUAUGGAAACUGUCGCCAAACAAACUGGAGUUGUGUCAGAGAGACAGACCUAUUUCUGUGAGGGACAUCCCUACCCUAUCAGUCCAACAUGGCAGGUGCAGCAUCUUUCUAAGACAACAGAACAGUACCCACUUAUUUUAGUAGUUUGCGAGAGCGAGGGUCCAAUGGGAGUCGCCUACAAAGACCCUGCUUUGGACUUCCCCAGGUUCCUGCACUCAGUUGAAGUUUCUGUUGACUGCUCUGUCGCAAAAAACGUUGUUAGUGCUGUAUACCAGACAUUACGAGUUACGCAGUCACUGCUGACAUGCCAAGAGUUUAUACUCCGGGGGACAUAUUGGCUCAUUGAAAGCUUGAAAGCAGAAUGCAGCAGGAUCUAUGAGAAGAAAUCAGCAGUGAUGUCUUACUUUAACUGCCUUGUCAGCACUGAAAACAGAAACACAAGACUGUACAAUGCUUUAUAUAAAUUGACCCCAGAUAUCAGGGAGAUGCAAGAGCAAGGGGAAUUUCACAGGAAGCUACAGACUAUAAAUACUGCUCUGGCCAGUUGUUCGCUCAGUUCAGAGAAAGAGAGCAUGCUGGGAUUCAUGCUGUUGGAUGCAUCAAAGGACCAGGAUUGUAUUCGAGUGGACACAAGUAUUAGCAGGAUGGAACAAUGUCUACAAAAAAUGCAGCUGAUCUUCAAACAUUUUAAGGAGAGAAAAAAACAGCCAAAGCUUUCACACAACGAAGAGCAAAUCCAUAAAUUGGAUAAAAUCAAUUUAGCAAACCUGGCCAAGAAAGUUCUAACUAUAUUUCAAGAUGAGGUUGUGCAAAUAUAUCAAGCAGCUCUCUCAGGACACAGUGGCAGGAUGAGGACAAUCUCUGAGAUCCAGAACCACUUAGGACUGCUAAACGAAGACUUGGCAGACUGUGUUCGGGAGCUUCGGAGUUUCGAGGAGUCUGCUAAUAGACCCAUCAACAGAUUGUCUCAAAGAAUGCAGCAACUGUGUUUAGUGCAUUCAAAUCACAGCCCCAUUACCUCAUUUCACAGUCCAACGCAGGAGGAUCUAACACUUAGGAUGCUAAAGCUACGAGAUCAAAUGAAGAGUGUGUCUUAUGAAUUAGAGAAAAACAACAGUAUUAUAGAGAGGUAA